CGCUGCAGGAUAAACAAACCAAGCAGCAGGAGGAGGAGGAGGCGAGGUGAGGUGAGGCGGCGGCGUUCAGCCUGUAUCCUCCUGACAUUUUUACAUUUUUACAACGAUGCAGUCUUCCAAGAGGAGCGAGAGCGACUGGCAGGGACUGGUCGGCGAGUUUCUGGUGUGCAAACGCAAGCUGGAGAGUAAGAAGGAGGCGCUGCUCAUCCUGUCCAAAGAGCUGGACACCUGCCAGCAGGAGAGGGACCAGUACAAGCUGAUGGCCAAUCAGCUGCGAGAGCGCCACCAGGGGCUGAAGAAGAAGUACAGGGAGCUUAUUGACGGAGACCCUUCAUUGCCACCAGAAAAACGGAACCAGGUGAACCUGGGUCAGCUGCUGAGGGACUCCAGGGAGCGGGUGAGGCAGCUCGCCGAGGAGGCGAAGGACCUCAGCCAGCGGCUGGCCGAGGCCCAGGGCGAUAACAAGCUGCUGAGGAUGACCAUCACCCGACAGAGGCUGGGCGACGAAGAGGUGGGGGUCCGCCACUUUCCGGCGCACGAACGCGAGGACCUGGUCUCUCGGCUAGAAAGAGCAGGGCGACAGAUGGAGGAGAUGGAGCACAGCAUCAAAGCCCUGAGCGACGAGCUGCAGGACGUCAAGGCGGAACGCGGCGUCUUCAGGGAGAAGGCCGACCGGCUAAACGUCGAGCUCAACCAUGUCUUGGGGAACCACGAGUCGCGCCUCAUUGACGUGGACGCGCUGUGCAUGGAGAACAGGUAUUUACAUGACCGGCUCUCGCAGCUUCAGGAGGAGGUGAACCUGCUCAAGUCGAACAUCAUGAAGUACAAGACGGCCCUCGAGAGGAGGAAGAGCUCCGGCACGCACGGGCGAUCAAACAGCGUUCCCCUGACAGGAGUGCUGUCAGCCAAGCAAGUCCAGGAGAUGCUCCUGGAGGAGCAGGGCUGCAGCUUGCCUGCCACGCCUCAGUCCAUCGCCGACCUGAAGUCGCUCGCCACCGCUCUGCUGGAAACCAUCCACGAGAAGAAUCUGGUCAUCCAGCACCAGAGGCACACCAACAGGAUCCUGGGAAACAGAGUUGCAGACUUGGAAAGGAAGCUAAAGACCUUGGAGGUCUCGGGCUUGUGGAGUUUACCAGGCUUGACCUACCACGUAUCUGUGGGAAUUGGGAGAAGCAGGGACAGCACGGUGCCAAAUGAGAACCUCCAGCCGGAGCUCCGUCCAACGCGUGCCGCAUCUCUGCCAAGCACGCGGCCCCUCAAAGAUGACAGAAGUUCACAUGAAUCAUCUUGGGAAUGCUGCACCGCUGGCAGUGACCUUGGCACAGAUGGCGCCGGCAGGGAAGACACACCUGCACUGCUCAGCAGCCCGGAUCCCCUCGCAGGCGCGGAGACGGAUGGGAUGGACGGCAGAGGGGGAGAAAUCGUGACCGCGAGAGGCGAUCCGGAGCCGGAGGAUGGACGGAGUCCAGUGGAGGAGGCGGGGCGGGAGGAGGAGGGCGUGGAGGACGAGGAGCUGGGGUCCUCUGUGGAGGAGGGAGAAGAAGCCGCUCUGGCUCUGGAUCUCCGUCCCACUGAGUCGAGGAUGCAGUGGCUUUCCAUCGCGCAGGCUUCUGUCGGCUAUCCAGAGCUCCCCUGCCAGGACAGUGAGUCUAAUGAUGCGCUUGAACACGAAGAAGCCUCAGCACCGAUUCCAAAGAGUCAAGCCACGGAGGGGCCGAGCAACACUGAGUGGGACGUUCACUGCCCGCCUGCGCCUGGCAUGAUCUAAUGUCAUGAAAAGAUGGGGGAACUUCUCUUCCUGUCGUCGUUAUUGAUGAUUACAUUAAUCAUCCCUAGUUGGGUUCCCACUGCUUUAGCCUCUGCUCAUUAACUUCCUUCCACACUGAGCAGCUCGCUUUCAGUCAAUAAAACAGAGAAAACACCGUUUUUUUUUUUUUCUCCCCCCGGAUGCUGCUGACAAAGCCAGGGGUGCGCGCUGCAUCUAGACUAGCUUGUUGUUGCGCUACAGCGGAAAGUCUCCCAAUCAAACUCGGUGCCCUGCAGGGAA